UUUUUACCAAUUCACGCCAUCUUACACUGAUUUCAUAGCUUUAUAACAGCAAAUACUCCCAAGGAUUGUUUGUGAGCACAGAAAUUGGCAGGUUAUACCAAGUCAGUACCUGCUUAAAAGAGUAAUAUAAGUUACUACAUCAACUACCUUAAGACUUAGUUUUUUUUUUUUUUUUUUUUGAGGAAACCUCAAGGCUUAGUUAACAUGACAUGAUAACUUUCUUGACAAAUUUACGUGCUCUACAAAAAUAUGACCAAUUCAACUCCAAAACAAUCCAUCAGUAAAACCUAUAAAAAGGGUUACAAUCCAUCAGUAAAACCUAUAAACAAUCCCAAGCAAGAAACCAUCACAACUUACAAGUGCUCAAACUCAUACAAAAGAAAUAAAAGUUCAUUAUAUUACAGUAGAAACUAAACGAUAAAUCAGACAUCAGAAACCAUGGCAGCUUACAGAUUCAUUGCGUACUUAACACUGUUAGCUCUAACAUCUAGUGUAGUCUUUGCCACCGAUCCUACACAGCUCCAAGACUUUUGUGUUGCCACAAAUGACCCUAAAAAUGCAUUGUUUGUAAAUGGGCUAUUCUGCAAGAAUCCAAUGGCAGUUACAGCAGAAGAUUUCUUCACCAAUGGGCUUGACAAACCUGGUAACACUAACAAUAAGCUAGGCUCAGCAGUUACUCCUGUGGCAGUAGCACAAUUGCCAGGACUCAACACCCUUGGCAUAUCACUUGCUAGGCUCGACUUUGCUCCAUAUGGCCUUGUUGCUCCCCAUACACACCCCCGUGCCACUGAGGUUUUCACAGUGAUGGAGGGUACCAUUUAUGUUGGUUUUGUUACCUCUAACCCAGCGGAUAAUAGUGCAAACAAGCUCUUUACCAAGGUUCUCAAAAAGGGAGACGUCUUUGUUUUCCCACAAGGUCUCGUUCACUUUCAACUCAAUGUUGGCAAAACUCCUGCUUUUGGCAUUUCUGCCUUGAGUAGCCAGAAUCCAGGUGUGGUCACUGUUGGUAACGCUGUUUUUGGGUCUGAAGCACCUAUCUCGGUUGAUGUUCUUUCAAAGGCCUUUCAGCUUGAUGCUAAUGUCAUCAAGUACAUUCAGUCCAAGUUCUAACUGCUUACUUCCUGACUGGGAACAGACAGAACUAUUUAGUGCAGAGUGAUCAAUUAU